AUGGCUUUCAUGGCCAAUGCAAAGCCAGCUGCUAAUGGCUCAGCUAAUGAUACCCUUACUCACCACCAUGACAACAGCAUCUGCUAUAAUGCUCCACUGCUCCAUGGAACCACCAAGUUCGAGCCAUCAUCAGAAGUGAGGAACAUUAUGGUCACGGGGGGUGCCGGUUUCAUCGCAGGAUGGCUUGUCCGUCAUUUGACUAUUACCUACCCACACGCCUACCAUAUCGUAUCCUUCGACAGCCUGGAGUACUGCUCGUCAUUGAACAACACCAGGAUGCUCAACCAUAAGAAGAACUUCACAUUCUACCACGGAGAUAUUACAAACCCAAAAGAGGUCCUCGAAUGCAUGAAACGGUACAAUAUUGACACAGUCUUCCAUUUUGCAGCCCAGUCACAUGUGGACUUAAGCUUCGACAACUCGUAUAAUUUCACUUACACCAAUGUGUAUGGUAUACAUGUCAUGCUUGAAAAUGCCAAAAAGGUGAGAAUCAAGCGGUUUAUCCAUAUAUCAACAGACGAAGUCUACGGCGAGGUGAACGAUAGUGACGAUGACCUAUUGGAAACAAGCUUAUUAGCACCGACCAACCCUUAUGCUGCAAGUAAAGCUGCGGCUGAAAUGUUGGUCCAUUCAUACGCCAAAAGCUUCAAGCUCCCAGUUAUUGUUGUGCGGAGUAAUAACGUAUAUGGACCGCAUCAAUUCCCCGAAAAAAUUAUCCCCAAAUUCUCUCUGCUUUUGCAACGAGGCAGACCGAUGGUCUUGCAUGGCGAUGAAAGCCACAAGAGACGUUAUCUGUUCGCGGCAGACGCCGUUGAUGCCUUUGAUACCAUCCUCCACAGAGGGGAGGUUGGUCAGGUGUACAACGUUGGCUCAUACGACGAGAUUUCAAAUAUAAAACUCUGCACCCUGCUUCUUGAAGCAAUGCACAUCCCUUUCAAGACCCAGGGUGAGCUUGACAAGUGGGUGACGCACACUCACGAUAGACCAUUUAACGAUCAACGGUACGCAGUGGACGACUCAAAGCUUCGGCAGUUAGGAUGGGUUCAAAAGACGUCGAUUCAAAAAGGGUUAACGAUCACACUAAACUGGUACAGCCAAUUCGGCGAGAACUGGUGGGGCAAUAUCAGUAACAUACUAAGUCCUUACCCGACUAUUGACAGAUCAUGUGAGGAGACAUAA